AUGAAGAAAGAAGAAGGGAAAAAUCAAACAUACAUAAUGGAAUUCAUCCUCCUGGGAUUUGGGGAUCGACCUGAACUGCAAUAUUGCCUCUUUCUGCUGUUUCUAGUGGUUUACAUUGUGACCAUGGCUGGGAACAUCCUCAUUGUUGCGCUAGUUGUGGCUGAUCAGCACCUUCACACCCCCAUGUAUUUCUUACUGGGGAACUUGUCCUGCCUGGAGACCUGCUACACCUCCACCAUCCUGCCCAGGGUGCUCGCCAGUCUCCUGAAUGGGGACAGGACUAUAUCAUUCUGUGGGUGUAUUGUGCAAUUUUAUUUUUUUGGUUUCUUGGCAGCUACAGAAUGUUGUCUCCUAGCAGCAAUGUCUUAUGAUCGGUAUUUAGCAAUACAUAAACCACUUCACUAUGCAGCCCUUAUGAAUGGCAGAAUCUGCCUCCAGCUAGCAGCUGGAUCAUGGAUGAAUGGAUUUCUGACAACGACCAUAAUAACGUGUUUAAUGUCACAGUUAUAUUUCUGUGGCCCCAAUGAAAUUGACCAUUUCCUUUGUGAUUUCACCCCAGUGAUUAAGCUGUCCUGCAGUGACACCAGCCUGAUCAAACUAGCGACUAUAAUAUUCUCUUCCAUAGACACCCUGCCCCCAUUUCUAUUAACCUUGGCAUCCUAUGUUUGCAUCGUCUCCACUAUCCUGAAAAUUCCUUCCACCACCGGCAGGCAAAAGGUCUUUUCCACCUGUUCCUCUCACCUCAUGGUGGUGACAAUUUUCUAUGGGACUGUAAUCAUUGUCUACAUGUUACCAGACACUAACACACUUAGGGCAGAUCUCAACAAAGUCUUCUCUGUCUUCUACACGGUCCUGACUCCCCUGGCCAAUCCCCUCAUCUACAGUCUGAGGAACAAAGAGGUCAAGGAAGCACUGAGAAAAAUAAUCAGUAAAUAUAUGGUGCUCCCAUAA